AUGAAGGGAUCCCACUUGCUCCUCUGCCUCUUCUCCACGUCCUGCUGGUUGAAUUUGAUGCUGACAGCUGGGAACAAAAUCUUCCACUUUGGACCCUGCAGAGUUUCAAUGAGUGUGACUGAGAUUAGGUCUGGUUUCACCGCAAUCAAAGCCAACAUUCAAGCCAGAGACCCCAUCAGGACCCUCAGCAUCUUGUCUUAUCCGCAUUCUCUGCACAAGGUUAAGUCAUUAGAUAGAUGCUGCAUCACCCAUCACCUCUUCAACUUCUACGUGGACAAAGUCUUCAAACACUGCAAGACUGAGGAUUCGUUUGUCAACCGAAAAAUCAGCAGCAUAGCCAACUCCUUUCUCAGCGUGAAGAGGAAACUCGGGCAGUGUCAUGAACAGAAUAAGUGCGUGUGUGGACAGGAAUCCACUGAGAAAUUUAAGCAAAUACUUGCAAACUACGAAGGGCUGAACAUCACAUCUGCAGCAAUUAAAUCCCUGGGUGAGCUGGACAUCCUACUAGACUGGGUGGAGAAAUCUCAUUAG